AUGGAUGGACAGGCAGGCUCCCGAACACCACUAAAGCAGACCAGUGGAAGGUGUUUAGCCCACAGCAACCUUGUGCCUCGGAAACACCGCACACGUGCUUCACCCAGCUUCACAAAACCGCUUGUGCGGAACUCGCAAAACCCUCUCAGCCUGCUCCUGGCUGCACCACCAAAGCCCCCUUGGGGCACGGCGUGCGGCGAGACACCACUGCGAACCGGCAGCAAGGCGCGCAGACACCGCGCGGAAGGCGCCAGGCCGCUCAAACGCAGCUUGCAAAGCACCCGUCGGCAUCUCCCCCAUGCUCCCAGCUGCGACAGCGCCGGCGCCCGCCCGCCGUGCGCGCAGCCGAGGCCCCGCAGAGCGCGGACAGCGCCGAACCCCGGCCGCGAGGCCACACCCUCCGCCGCAGCCGGUAACGGCGCGGUUAGCCUCGGGGGCGUGGCCACGGGGGUAUUUCCCGCCCCGGCGCGGGCCCAGGAAGGCGUCACUGGCGUUUCCUGCGCGGGCCGUUCGAAAGCAAUGGCGGGCAGGCCCUACUCGCCGCCGGCCUUUGUGGCGGAGCUGGACUCCUCCUUGUCGCUGCUGGAGACGGGCGGCGAGUGGGUGCCCCCCCUUCAUCAUCAUCACCAUCACCCGCCGCCGGCGGAACAGCAGCGGCGAGGUGGGGGCGCGGAGAACGUGGAUGUGCAGCCCAUGGUGUUCCUGUGCUCCGGGUGCAAGCGGCCCGUGGGGGACACGCUGAGCUGGGUGACCAAGGACGAGGAGUCGGGCUGCAUCCUGCUGCGCAGUGCGGCCGACAGCGUCUCGGUGGACGAGGAGCGGCAGCUCUCCAAGCGGCCCGGAGAGUGCGGAUGCAUGAUAGAAACAUUAUUCUGCUCUGGCUGCUCAAUGACACUUGGCAGCAUUUACAGAUGCACCCCAAAGCAUCUCGACUACAAGAGGGAUUUGUUCUGUUUCAGUGUUGACUCACUCGAGAGUUACAUUCUAGGAUCGUCGGAAAAGCAAGCUCUUGUCGAUAAGGAACCUUUAACUCUUGAAAGUCGAACUGUCUUGGAAGAAGUGCUACAGAGGGCAGACGGUGUAUUAAAGGCUCUGGAGGCAAAAAUGGCUGCUGUUGAAUCGAGUAUAGCUUCUCUUCACAACAAAGUCUGAAAGAAAUUACAUGCAGGAGGUUUAACUGCAGGAGAAUGAUGUAUGUGGAACUUGUCCCUGUAAUCCUCUGGCACCUGUGGGAACACUGUGAAAGCUGUUCAGAGAACUGAAAGACAUUGGCUUGUGCUGUGGUAGAACAGUGCUGUCUAUGAGUCUUCACCAUAGAAAAGAAACCCCUCUACUUUCUGUUAAAAGGAUACACCAGAAAGAAACAAAAUUUUUUGAAUCAAGUUUCUGUAGGCUUUUGGUUUAUAUGUAAAUAUGUAUUUAAAUUUUUAUCUUGGAAAGUAAAGCAUUUAUCUCUCGACUUCUCUGCUAUUCAGUAUCUACUGAACUGGGUAUGCAUUUCCUUCCUAAACCAAUAAAAUAAAAAAUCCCUGUGAUGUCUGAAGGAACAA